AUGGGGCAAGGUGGAAGAACUCAAAGAGUUUUUGGAUCUCCUAGAGACAAAGAUAGAAUUCCGUUUGAAUCAAUCUGUAAGUCUAUUAUUAAGAAGGCUGAGAAUGAAGCCUAUCAGAACUACGAACUAGUUGAAAGUCUGAAGAAUGUCAUCUAUGAGCCUCUCAAGGAUAAAGUGAGGGACUACUCUGAGAAGAUAGAAUCACUUGAUGAGUCAUUCGAUGAUCAUUUCAAGAAGCUAAAGCAGUCUAAAGAGAAGCUCAUAGGUGUUGACAGUAACUACAAUCACUACAGCAAGCAGCUCACCGAGGCUAUGAAGAAGAUAGAGUAUAAAUCUUCUAAUAGGAAAGUUGACUUCUUUGACGACAAGCUCUUCUCCUCUCUUAAUUCCAAAAUGAAAACUGUUGAUACCACUGCAAAAGAGGUAGAAAGCAAGACACUAGAGCUAAAUGAGCUUGUUGCAAAAUAUAAAGAAGACAUGGAGAGCAAGAUUAUUGACCUCGAGAAAAUGGAAGGGGACCGGAUCCAGGCCAUUGUUGACGCCCUAAAUCAGAUGAACAUCUUCCAGACUAACUGUGAUAUGAACAACAAGUAUGAUUCAAAUAACUUUAACCAAGAAGUUGAUGAUAUAAAGACUGAUCAAGCAGUUCAGGAGUGCAAGACUCUUUAUGACCCAGCUCCAAUGAUUAAGAUCGAGAGCUAUGACUUCCAACAGUAUGACGAGCUAAUCACUCAUGAAGAUAUCGAGAUGAACGAAAUCCCUGAACAAGAGGAACAGAAGCACAGAGAGGUCAUCCAAAGCUAUGUUGAUAAAAUAGAGGAAGAUACUCUUGAUUUCACUAAGUUUGAAGAGCUAAUGGACAUGAAGAUAAACCGCUACUUGUUUGUGACUAUAGUAAACAAGUUCAGCAAGCCAUCCUUGCCCUCAAUGAAGGCUCAUAACAACCUUAGCAAGUUGAUCAAUUGCUGCCUGAAGGGAUGUGAUAAAAAUGCCGACUCUGAGUACUUAAAGAACCUCAUGAUCGCUGCAUCAGAGAUCUAUUAUGAUGAAGAGGAAGAAGAAGACUCUGUGAUCAGAACCUAUAUCACAGAAGGAAUCAGAAAAAGCAGUAUCUGGGAAAACAGUGCCAUAUGGGGCAAAGCUAUCUUCAAAGACUUCAGGGAUAUUCUAAUGAAGUUCAAAAUCCCAAAGGACCACCAGGAAGAAGUCAAUAAAGAUGAAGUCCUUAGGAAUGUGUUCUUCAACAGACUCCAAUUCUAUGUUGAAAAGUUAGCUUACUUUGAUAUGGAAGAGGAGCUCUUAUUAAAGAUUGUCGAUAAGUAA